GCUUCUCGAACGCACGCGCCGAUGGUUUCUGUGCGAGGCCGAGCCUUGGCCGUGCUCCUCGCCGUGGCCGUGCACCACAGCGCGGCGUUUCUCCCAGCGCUUCCGAGAACAGCGCACAAAACAGGGGCUCGUGAGCCUGGCCGCGGGCCGGGGCCUCGUGGACCGCGCGCGCUCACGCGCCGCCACGCGCGAGGCGUCGCGGCGCCGGGCAGCGAGGUCGUCUUCGAGAACAUCAACAUCGUCGGCUUCCUGGCCCGCGGCUUCGCCGAGAUGCGCCGCGUCGCGUCGCUGGACAAGAUGGUGCUCCUCCGCGAGGCGCAGCGCGCGAUCCAGUUCGACGACCUCGUGGUCAUCGUCGCGUUCAACCUGCUCCUCGACCCGGCGCUCCGGUUCCUGCACCGGCGCCGGAACCGCGCGGACGAGCCCUUCGACGCGUCGAUCUUCGCGGCGCUGCAGCCGGGCCUCCGCGCGUUCGGCGUCGUGCUCGCGGCGCUCUACGCGAUGGACGUCGCCUACGUGCUCGCGUCGCUCGCGGACCUGGCGCCGCCGUGGCGCCUGCCGCAGCUCGUCGCCGGCGCGGGCUACACGCUCGCCGGCGGCACGCUCCUGACGUCGCUCAAGGACCGGUUCCUCGAGCGCCGCGUGCUCGGCAAGGUCCGGGGCCGCGCGAGCGCGUUCGUCGUCAAGCGCGGCUCGGGCGUCGCCGUCUGGUUCGUCUGCUGCGCGGUCUGCUUCGAGGUGCUGCGCUUCAACAUCGGCCUCACGCUGGGCUCCAUCGUCUCCUUCGCGGGCAUCAGCGGCAUCGCGCUGGGCUUCGCGACGAAGGAUCUGGUGUCGAACUGGGUCGGCGGCGCGCUCCUCGUGCUCACGCGGCCCUUCGUGCCCGGCGACAAGAUCCAGAUGACGUCGCUCGACAAGGCCGUCGUGGAGCAGAUCGGCUGGUACCAGUGCCUCGUCCGCGGCGACGACGACCAGUUCCAGACCGUGCCCAACUCCAAGUUCCUCUCGAACAAGGUCUCGAACCUGUCGCAGCGCAAGCACCGCUACAUGAAGCAGGCCUUCCGGAUCCGCUACGAGGACCUGCCCCGGGCCGAGGCCAUCUGCGACCGGCUCCGCGCGGAGCUCCGGGCCGUCGACGGCGUCGACCCGGCGCGCCGCUUCUACAUCUUCGUCAAGGCCCUCCGCGAGACGGACGUCGAGAUCGAGGUCGAGGUCCACUUCAAGGGAUCGAGCGGCCUCGCGCUCCGCGAGCGGCGCCAGGCCGCGCUCCUGAAGAUCGCCGAGGUCGUGCGCGACGAGGGCGCGGAGUUCGCCGUCUUCAGCGCGCUCCUCGCGCCCGGCGCGCCCGCGGCCGCGGUCCAGGGCAAGGGCAGGACGUAACCUUUGUGUACUGAUGCUUUCACUUCCCGCCUCGAGGAUCGCGCCGGCCUUGCGCUC